UUAUUUGUUUGUGUUACUCCACCCAGGCCUUCAGCAAAUCUAUUUGUUACAUGAAAUGCCGCGGCAAAAUGGCAAUGGAUAUGUGCAACUGCAUUCCUCACUUUUAUCCGUUUUUAGAUGGCCCAAAAUGUUCACCAAGUGGAUAUGAAUGUUUGCUGGACUUCAAAUGGCCUGGAUGGUCAUUGAGUUUAUGUAAUUGUACAAGGACGUGCGUUGAAUUGAAAUAUACAGUUCAUAAUAUUAUUAAGAGGAACUGGGAUGCUGGCAGUAAUAUAACGUUUGCAACAAAAGCUUCAUUCAAUUUGGAAAUUAUGCCACCAAAAGUUAGAAACAGAAUAAGUGUGGUGUUUAGUUUCGAAGAUCUGCUAGUUUCGUUUGGUGGUGCAGCAUCUUUGUUUUUGGGAUUUAGCUUCUGGAAUGUUGUUCGUGCGAUUUAUUAUUGGUUCAACGAACUCUUUGUUUACCUGAUGCAGUUUACUUCAAGAAGACAUAAAGAAAAACCUGGAACUGUUGAAGGUACUACGUUCGCAAAAUGA